AUGACCAAAGGUUGUUAUACAUGCCGUCGCCGUCGCAUAAUCUGCGACAAUGGCCAACCGACCUGCCGGAAAUGCCGAGAUGCGGGGAAAGAAUGUUUGGGAUAUCAAAAGCCUUUGGUGUGGGUCAAAGGUGGUGUGGCUAGUCGGGGCAAAAUGAUGGGCCGGAGCUUUGAGGAUGUGAAGACACCAGCUGGUGCUUCCAAUCGUCAGAAUUUACCUCUCACAAACGAGCCAGAGACGACUAAUGCUACGAGCUUCUUUCAUCUGCCUGAACCUUCCGAUACCGAAUCAUCACCGAACUCCGCGGCUCAGGCCAGCCCGGAAACAGAUUGGAUUCAAGAAGUAUUAGAUGCAGGGAAUUUCAAUACUGUUUUCGGACUUGAUGAAGGAGGAGGUUUAUUGGAGUCACAUCCACCAGAAAACUCUGAAACCGCUGUGGUUCAUACCCCACAGAAUACGUUUAUUCAAUAUGUUCCAGCCCCAUGGGGAAUGGUUGAUCCUUUGCUGAGCGACUUCAACCCGACGUUCAGGAUGUAUCUUAAACACUAUCACGAGUAUAUGACAAAUGACUUCUUGGUCUAUCCGCAGAUGAAAAAUCCUUGGCGGGAUAUGCUCGCAUUAGUAGGACACUCACCCCUAAUUGCAAAUGUUCUAUCUGCGACGGGGGCUAUGCACUACUCACUUGUUUCUAAUUCCGACUCAUCUACAAUGCCUUGGUCAUCUCAUAACCCCUUGGCCACCAACUCUCUUUUAUCAUCAGAGGACAUCGAAAAUAUGAUCAUUCCCAGUUCUCGACAAACCAAUUCAAAGGCAUACCAUCAUUUCCUUGAAUAUAAGCAGCGCACACUCAAGCUGCUAUCGCAAGAUAUUUCAAACCCAGCCAAGAAAAACGACGAUAUCACUCUGGCGGCCAUUAUCGUCCUUGCUCUUCUAGAUCUAUUUGAGUCUGGCAGCGGGGCAUGGAGCUACCACAUUGAAGGCGCAAAGAAAAUCAUGAGGAGCCGACCUGAGAAUCAGAUCGGUCAAGGCAUUCUCCAGGGACUUGAAGCGUUUGCCAUUGAUGGAUGCUUAAUCAUGGAGAUAAUGGGAUCCACACUUGCACGGCCUGGCGCUCUUUCUAAACCGUUCUACUCCCAGACCAUGGGACCAGAAAUGCUCAAGCGCCUGGAAGAAACAUCAUGGGUCGGCUGCCCCGCCUAUCUCUUAGAGGUUAUAUUCUUUGUCCACACCCUUUGGUACCAAGAAUCGGAGUUAUCGGCUGCAGUCCCUCAACCCUCCACGCUCGGAAUCUCCAUGCAACCAGGCCAACCCCUCUCCCGUGAAUCCUUCGCCCAACUCCUCCAAGGAAUCCGUACCUUCGAUCCAGUCUCCUGGGCCCAUGAAAUGCAAACCCACUUCUUCCUCGAUGACCUCUCCCCUCGCAUCUCCCUCGCCAGUGCCUACCAGGCCGCUGUCUACCUGUACACUAGCCGUGUACUCUCCAAGACCAGAGAAGGCUACACAGCCCCCUGGCCAGAAACAAAUCUCCCCUCUGACCACUCCCAAGCUGCGCACGACCUCAUCACCCGCAUCUGCUCCGUGCCCAACUCCGAUCCGCACUUCAAAUGCCUCAUCUGGCCCUCGUUCAUCGCUGGCGCAGAAUGCCGUCGUCUCUCGCAACGUCCGAUAGUUCUCGAAAAAAUAGGCGCUCUCUACCAGGCUGUCACGAGUGUCAAUGUCCGCAAUGCGGCAUGGGUACUUAGACUCAUGUGGCAGAAGCAGGAUCUAAAACGUCGAGAGCGGGAGAAUGUUCCUUUUGGCCUUGUCGAUGGACUUCUCCCGAAGGACGCUUUCGAACAGGACAACGACGAUGAAACUUUUGAUUCUUCGUUUGAUUGGGUGGAUGAGCUGGACGCAUCGCGUCUUGACUGGCUGUUCAUUUAG